GGUGGAACUCUGGAGAGGAGCACAAGUGUUGAUUCCUAGAAAGGGAUAGAAGAAACAGACGACUGCACUUGCUUCCACUUGGCUGUCCUUCCUUCUCUGUAUGAGCUGUAAUCAUGGCCAGAAACCUUCUGAAGAAUCCCAGUGGGGAAGAACAGCUGGAAUUCUGGGAGCUGACGGAGAACGGUGGAAACCAGUGGACGGUGGAAGACAUGCCAGGAGACUGUGGCCACGACUUCUGCAGUGAUGGAGUGACCAAGUACUUUGCCACCUCGUUUGAGCUGUGUCUGAAGAGGCAGGUGAUCGACUUGAUGGCAGAGGGUUACUCCGUCGAGCAGCUGGACGCUCAGCCUGCCGUCAACGUGGAAGACUGGUACUGUGGGAGGACAGACUGCGGCUGCACCUACCAAAUGACCGUGUCUCUGCUGGAUGAGAAUCACGAGGUCAUGCAGGAGUUUAAACCUGAGCCGGUGAUUCUCGACCCCGACAGUGACGACUGCUCGUGGAGACAGAUCAACAAUUCAUUUUCUGAGUAUGGCCCCGGACUGCGCCACAUCUCCUUUGAACAUGGAGGACAAGACGCCAAGUUCUGGAACGGCUGGUUUGGAGUGCGGGUCACUGGGAGCUCUGUUACUGUUGAAGUCUAAUUGGAAAGAAAAAGAAGAGAGGGAGGAGAAGGGAAAUAAAGAGGGAAGGGAGGCAGGGGGAUAUAUCAGGGCACAGAGUGAAGGGUUUAAGGGUUUAAGGGUUCAGGAGGACCAGCUUUGCCUUAUGCACCUACUGUAGCUUUCACCACUGCAUAGUGGCUUCAGAGAUUAUUCAGACCCCUUCACAUUUUGCACAUUUGAUUGUUUUGUAGAUUUAAUUUUAAACCAUUUUAUUUUUUUGCGAAUCAUAGAUUCCUGUAAAUUAAAAGAACUGAAAUGCCUCAUUUGCAAAAGUAGCCAGGCCCUUUGCUGUGACACUAAAUACUGUGGUCAGGUGCAGCUUUAAUUUACCUCGACUUGUGUCCAGACAUUGAAUGCACCUGUGGAUAAACUGAAUGGACUGGAUAUACUGUAAAUUGGAACAGCACAUGUGUGUCUAUAAGGUCCCACUACUCGCACUGCGUUUUAGAACAAAAACCGAGUCAAUUCCAGUGAACUCUCUGUAGACCUCCAGUGAACGUAUGGCAGAUGUUUGAGUGUUUCCAACAGCACACUGACCACAAUAAUUAUGAAAUAUGAGAAAACCUGGUGGUAUUGUCAUGUUUUGGAGGCGGUUCUUAGCAGCAGGGACACAGAGAGUGGACAGAAUAGAGGGAAUUUCACCUUUCAACACAACAGUGCCCCGGGGCAUGUAACCAAGACAACACAAGCGAUUCAGGACUUUAUCUAGGCCACAGGACUGUGGCCUAGAUAAAGUCCGAACUCAAACCCCAUAGAUUAGAACCUUUGUGGAGAGUUUUAAACAGCCCUAAAUCCAUCUGUACAAAGUCUUUCCACCAAAUUUGAAGUUGCAAUUGCGGCUAAGAUUCUUCUUAAACAUGUUUUCAUUAUAUCACUGUGGAUCAUUGAGUGUAGAUUGAUGGGUAAACAUUCAUUUUAUUAGUUUAAAAGAGUGAAAGGUCUGAAAACUCUCUGAAUCCACCUUAUGUCGCUGCUCAUGCUGUGGAAACAUGCAGCUGCUAUGAAGACUUUAGUUACUAAUCUAUGACUAUGAAUCACCACAGAGCACUGUCAUGGUGACAGCUUGGCUUUACUUACCUUAAAACUACUGCUUACAAAAUAGUCAAGAAUCCUGAUCUAUUUCUGAACUACUACCUCUGCACGGUGACAUAUGCUGGGGCUAAACCACAUGACUGGUGGUUGUAAUCAGUCAAAUAUGAAUUAAAAUAAUGAAAUAUA